AUGAGUGAAGCUGACAAGGCAGAUACCAACGGGAACAUAGAUGAGAUCAAACAAUAUAGAGAUGCAAGGUGGGUGACUCCUCCGGAAGCCUUGUGGAGGAUAUAUGGCUUUGAGUUGAGUAAGAACUCGCCACCUGUUAUGCAGUUGCAGCUCCAUCUGGAAAACAUGCACAUGGUUUCGUUCAAAGAGGGCCAAGAUAUCCAACGAGUAGUUAGCCGUGAAGGUGUUGAGAAGUCAAUGCUUACAGAGUACUUUGAGGCAAACCGUUUACACGAGGAGGCUCGUUCUAUCUUGUAUAGGGACUUCCCCGAAUGGUAUACUUGGCAGAAAGGUAAGAACAAAUGUUGGAAGAGAAGGGAAGUAAAACAAGAUGGCACACCAACUUCACGAAUGCAGGUUGGAAGAAUUGUGUUGGCUCAUCCAGCAGAGGGGGAACGAUAUUACCUACGAGUCCUUCUAAACCAUGUUACCGGGGCCACCUCUUACGAUGACCUAAAGACAGUUAAUGGUCAGAUCCUACCAUCCUUCCAUGAAGCUGCAGAGAGAAGGGGGUUGAUUGAAGGAGACAACACAUUAGAUGACACCCUUACUGAAUCUACACAAUACGAGAUGUCAUCAUCUCUAAGAAGGCUCUUUGCGACAAUAUUGGUAUUCUGUGAGCCAAGCGAUCUGCGCGGGCUCUGGGAGAAACACUUCGACGCAAUGUCGGAAGACUAUCGCCGAAAUGAUCCAUCCAAUGUUGCAGUUGAGCAAAAGGUUCUUAUAGAUAUCAGGAAUAUGCUACAAUCAAUGGGAAAGGACAUAAAGUCAUUUCCUCUUCCUGAUAUCGAUGAAGAAUAUGACAGUGCCACUGGUGUGGAAAGGGAGAUCUUUGAGGAGUCCACCAUCGAGCCUAAUGACGAGGACAAAAAUAUACCAGCCUUACUUAAUACAGACCAGAGGGCCACAUAUGAUGUAAUUAUUUCUGCGGUUGAUGGCGAUGAGGGUGGUGUGUUCUUUGUGGAUGGACCUGGAGGCACCAGAAAGACUUUUCUGUAUAGAGCAUUGCUCGCAACGGUACGUGGCAAUAAACAGAUUGCUAUAGCAACAGCUACAUCUGGUGUUGCGGCUUCCAUAAUGCCUGGAGGGAGAACUGCUCAUUCACGGUUCAAGAUACCGUUAAGCAUUGAUGAUGGUAGGUUUUGUACCUUCACUAAACAGAGCGGUACUGCCAAGUUCCUGCAGUCAGCUUCUCUCAUUAUUUGGGUUGAGGCUUCCAUGACAAAGAGGCAGGCAGUAGAGGCAUUGGACAAUAGUAUGCGCGAUAUAAUGAGCCGACCAGACCUGCCGUUUGGUGGAAAGAUGGUUGUGUUCGGUGGAGAUUUCAGGCAGGUCCUCCCUGUUGUUCGUAAGGGGUCGAGGGCUCAAAUAAUUGGUUCGUUGUUACGUAGGUCUUACCUUUGGGAUUGCAUGCGUCACCUAAAGCUGGUACGCAAUAUGAGGGCACAUAGUGACCCAUGGUUUGCAGAGUACCUACUGCGCAUCGGUGAUGGUAAGGAGGAGGCCAAUGGUGAUGGUGACAUCCGCCUUCCAGACAAGAUAUGUGUCCCGUGUACUGGGAAGAAGGACACUGACCUUGAUACACUAAUAGACAAUGUAUUUCCCAGUCUUGGUGCUAACAUGUCAGACCCAAACUACAUCACCUCCAGAGCAAUCUUGUCGACCCGAAAUGAUUGCGUGGAUAGGAUUAAUUUGAAGAUGGUCAAUCGAUUCCAAGGAGAUGAGAUGGUGUACCGUAGCUUUGAUUGUGCGGUGGACGACCCUCAUAACUACUACCCACCUGACUUUCUUAACACAUUGACCCCUAAUGGACUGCCCCCACAUUUGUUGAAGCUCAAAAUCAAUUGCCCUGUCAUAUUGCUCAGAAACAUUGACCCCGCAAACGGACUUUGCAAUGGCACGAGGCUGGUGGUUCGAGGAUUCCAAAGGAAUGUCAUCGAUGCAGAAAUUGUGCUAGGCCAACAUGCUGGAAAGAGAGUCUUCUUGCCAAGGAUCCCCCUUUGCCCCUCCGAUGAUGAGAUGUUCCCUUUUCAAUUCAAGAGGAAACAAUUCCCUAUUAAGCUCAGCUUCGCCAUGACGGUCAACAAGGCACAAGGGCAGACUAUCCCGAAUGCUGGUAUUUACUUGCCUGAGCCGGUGUUCUCUCAUGGACAGUUGUAUGUAGCACUUUCUAGAUCCACCGCUAGAAAGAACGUUAAGAUUCUUGUCAUCCCGGAUAGUGGUAACAAAGAAAAGAACUCAAAUGCUAGCAAAAAGAAGAGUUCAAUGGGUACGUACACGAAGAACAUCGUCUACAAAGAGAUCCUUACAUCGUAG